AUGACGAUAAAAAACCUCCUAAUAAUAAUCCACCUAGACCUACUCCUCCCACUAGCCGUGUUCCUAAACCUGUACCUAUACUUCUACCCCGUCUUCCACUUCUGCGCCUUCACGCCUCAACCGGAUGGGGGUGCAGCACCCUUCCGCCUGCUAGCGUUGGCAGACCCACAACUGGAGGGCGACUCGACACUGCUAAAGUACAGAGCUGGCCAGCCGACAGAAGCAACAGCACCGACAACAGGCACAUCCUCCUUAUGGGACUACGUGCACCCUACCGACAUCGGCCUCACCAUCCGCGGACUGGGCAAGGUGCUGGACCUCUGGGGAAACGAUCUCUACCUCCGCCAUAUAUUCCGCAGCACCAGGCAGAUGCUAGCGCCUACGCACACGAUAGUAUUGGGUGAUCUGCUGGGCUCGCAGUGGAUCAGUGAUGAGGAGUUCAAGAUCCGCGGGGAGAGGUUCUGGAGGAUCUUUGGUGGGGAGGAAGGGAAGGUUACGAGUGAGGAUGUGCAGAGGUACGCGGGGGAUAUCGCCGCGGAUGAGGAGGCCAGGGCGGUUUGGCGGAAGAAGGUGAUUAUAGUUCCUGGGAAUCACGAUAUCGGAUACGCCGGGGAUAUGGAUUGGAAUCGGAUCACGCGUUUCGAGGAGAUGUUUGGGGUUGCCAAUUAUAUUGUUAAGUUUAUGCCCAACACGUCCAGUUCUGUCAGUGCUAGCAAUAUCGCCGGUGAAGCAGCUCAGGGAGAGGAAUCACAGAAAAUCCCCCCAACCCUCCGCCUAGUAAUCCUAAACUCCCUCCCGCUAGACUCCCCAAUCUUCGACCCCACGAUACAAGACGCCUCUUAUGCACUCAUCGACCAAUCGCUAGAGUCCAAAUCCCCCUCUCUCCGCCAGUCCUCCCUCCUCCUCACCCACCUCCCCCUGCACAAGCCCGCAGGCCUCUGCGCCGACGCGCCGCUAAUAACACACUACCCAGCCCACCACGGCGGCGGAAUAAAAGAGCAGAACCACCUCUCGGAAGCCGUCAGCGAGCUACUCCUCGACCAGAUAUUCGGCGUGCCCGCCGGCGAUGACGAGGACGACAACGACAAAGCGAAGAAGGAACCCGGCAUGAUACUCACGGGACACGACCACGUCGGCUGCGACGUGCGCCACACCUGGGUCGGCGGGGAAACGGGCUGGAACCGAAGCUCGUGGGAGGAAUGGCAGCACGGGGAAACAGCAAGGGCCGAAGCCACCGAGACUGCGAAGAGCGGGACCCGCGAAGACGGACUGCAGGGCGUACGGGAAGUCACUGUGCGAAGCAUGAUGGGUGAGUUUGGCGGGAACGCCGGGUUGGUGUCUGCUUGGUUUGACCAUGAAAGUGAUUCUUGGAAAUUCGAAUACCAAACUUGCAAACUUGGAAUUCAGCAUGUAUGGUGGACCGUGCAUAUCAUUGAUGUUAUUGUCGCCAUCACUGGUGCCAUUCUGUUCAUGGCGUAUAAGAGGGAUGAAUUCAGGAAUGCGGAGGCGGCGGCUAGGGUGCAGGAGGUGAUUGACAGUUGUAAGAAGGAUGAGUAAGGCGGGUAGGUUGGGGGUGGGGGUGGGGGUGGGGGUGGGGGAAGAAAGGGCUAAAAGUAUGAUGAGUUUUUCUGUUUUGUCCCUUUUGUUGGGAUGCUUGCUUGCUUGCUUGCUUGAGGGGAAUAAGUAUGUGCACUACGGUAUUCCAUAGAUGAUGGAAGAUUAUUUUUAAAAGAUAGAAU